UCCCGCUGUGGCGUGGAUGCACAGUGUUACCGGAUUUUUGGCACUAAUGUGACGCCAUAGUUACCUCGCUAGCACACACACACACACACACACACACACACACGCACGCACGCACGCACGCACGCACACACACACACACACACACACAAUAUGGGCCGCAGCUGACCGGGGAUGACACUUCCUCUUUAGCACAUCUUUCCGUUCUUCUCUUCAUGUGUUGCCUGUAAUUACAAAGGACUUUCAUCCCGACGCUUUUCGACAUGACGACACGGUCAGAAAGAGAAAAAGCUCAGAAGCUGAACGAGCAACACCAGGCCAUUCUGUCCAAACUGCUGAGAGAGGACGACAACAAAUAUUGUGCCGACUGUGAGGCCAAAGGUCCUCGAUGGGCCUCAUGGAACCUCGGGGUGUUCAUGUGUAUACGCUGUGCUGGCAUCCACCGCAACCUGGGUGUCCACAUCUCUAGAGUCAAAUCUGUCAAUCUGGACCAGUGGACCUCGGAGCAGAUACAGAGCGUAGUGGACAUGGGUAACCACAGGGCCAAGCAGCUGUACGAAGCCCAUCUACCAGAAAAAUUCAGUCGACCACAGACCGACCAGGCUGUGGAGGUUUUCAUCCGUGACAAGUAUGAAAGGAAAAAAUACUAUGACAAGGAAGCUCUAGCUGCAGCCAAGAAGGAACAUGAAAAGAAGAAGGAUGAGAGGAAGAAAGAGAAGGACUUGGAAAAAAGCGAUCGACACAACAUCAAGUCCGAGAAUAGAGCCAUUUCCAAGAAGAGUAAAGAGACAGAUGUGGACCUGCUAGGCCUAGAUGCUCCGGAUGGUUGUGGAAAAGUCAAUGAUGAACUGGACAUUUUUGGACCAAUGAUCUCCAACCCUCUACCUUCUUCCAAGAACACACAACAGGCUGAGUCAGGUUCCAGUGCUGUGCCUCAACUCUCAGAUCCCUCCACCUCUUCAUCUUCUUCCUCUACCUCCACCUGUACCACCACAAAGGCAGAGGAGAAGAAACUGUUAUCCAAAGAUUCCAUACUGUCUCUGUAUGCCAGAAGCUCCGUGGGCAGUCAGCCUCAGAGCCAACAACAACCUGCCACUGGGCAAGGUGUGUACAUGGCCCAGACUCAGGUUCCACAGCAGGGCUUCAAUUCUUCAAUGGGAGGAGGGGCCAUGAUGGCAGGUGCGACGCUCCCCAAUGGCAGCUAUGUGGGCACGCAACAGAAUGUGAUGGCAGCCAAUGAAGGACAGAACAUGCACAGCAUGCAACAAGGACAGUGGAGUGUGGGACAGUUAUCCCAGCAGAUGGCGGGCAUGGCCACGAGCGGAGGAGCGCCGCCAGCAGCACCAGCAGCAAGUGGUUGGCCAGUAGCUCCAGCGGCGUCUGGUCAGACCCUCAGCACUCAGCUGUGGAAGUAAGACGCAUCCUGAAGCCUACGAACAGCCAACAUGACAAUAACAACGCAGCUGCCAUGUUCUGUCUUAAUUGGAUCUCUUUUCGAUUUCAUGUUGGUGCUGUGACAAAAAAAAGAGCACUAUUGUAACGUUAUAGGAUAAUAUUGAGACAGUUGUUAGUCAUUGAGUGUGUACAGUAGAUAUGUGUGGUGCUUGGUCUUUGCUAGGCUCUCUUCACCUAUCGGGUGUCUGUUGUACCAACCUGGUCUUCUCUAAACCGCCAGCAUAGCCUUGUGAGAGGUAAUAGUCUGACUAGUAGUGUUUGUGUCACCCUCUAUCUUCAUCAGGGCCACGGUGAAAAAUUAGUGCUUCACUAGUUUGUCUUCAGCGUCACUAGAAGUCAACUUUAAGAGCGGCCAUGAACAUAGAUCAGUGUAAAGAUGUCCAUAUCAUGACUUUAACAACAUAUCAGGACGUUUAAAGACACUGCAUGAACAGUGCUACCUCGGUUUUUGUUAGUAAAGGUCCGACGAAGAUUUGAUUCUAUUAAGUCCAACAAUGUGUUCCAGAUACUCCAAAAUAUGAACACAAAACACAUUUUAAGGAAAAGUCUUAUAGUUUUCCAUGCAGAAAACAGCAUGAAAUCCCAAAAAAAUGCCGAAUUUGAAAACUCUUGUUGGCGAAGACAGCGAGGGACCACACAAACGCCAUGUUCGUACUUUGUUACGAGUUCUUUUGAAUACCUUUUUUAUCAAAGUGCCGGCACUUGCAACUUUCUUUGGCCCCUUGGUGGAUUACUUUGCAGCUGUGCUCAAUGAAAUAGAAACUUGUGGUGUGACUGUGUUCGUUAGCAAGGAACUACGGAUUCAACAGGUGAUGAUGUCAAAGAGGGGCGAUGGAGCUGAGGAAGAAUGACUUGUGGGUGAAGAGUUGAGAGCUUAUAAACAUUUUUGUGGGUAAAGAGUUGAGAGCUAAUAAACAUUUUGUAAUAAAAACACAUUACGAACAUGAAUACACAAAGGGUCUGGUCUACUGAUAUCUAAAUUACAAGUUCUAAACGGUAUGUGCAAACUAAAACAUUGUGGGCCUGAUCUACGGAAGCUUUGCGUGUAUUAGAACAAGUGCAAACUUAAUAGCACAUGCAAAGCAGGUCAACUAAACUUGUGAGCAGAGGAUUGCUUCCCUUUUGUGAGCAGAAUAAGGAGUGCAAUCCAUUUAGCUUGUCAGUCUUUAUGGAUACGCAAAAUAUAUGCUGAUCAUCAGAGCUCCCACAACACUCGGAGGAGAAAAUGCCGAUAUAACAAUGUAGCACACAAAGUGUGAUUUAUCGUGACUAAAACUGAUUUGCCUUUAUUUAGCACGUCUAAAAAGUACAGCAUGUGCAAACUGACACAGUUACACACACGGCUAUCCUUGUCAACAUAUAGAGACCGUCAAAAAUAAAAAUAUUAGACAUAUCGUCGAUUCAGCAAUAUAAUUUUAUACAUUUAUGAAGUCGCUGGAUGUCUUAAGGCGCUGAUUAAAGCAAAUUCCAUUGAUGUGUUUCAAUGUCUGCGGGUAUUUUUUUAAUGACGUCCGUUUUUUCAUAAAGAAAGCUGUAUUAAUAACUAAUCACAAACUCGCAGUUAGUGCCAGCCUCUCCCAUGAUCACAACUUUCGUGCACUAAAAAAAGAAAAAAAAUGUGUUUCCAUUCUAGAAGCAUAGCAGGACUGCUUCAAAAAUGCCCAGAAAAAUUGGUAGAUGUCUGCUGCAUGUUUGCACUACAUGACCGAAUGUCUCCGUGGUGAAAGCCGCAAAGUACACACAUAAAUCUCACUUAAAUAAGGCGGUCUGCAGUGGUUAUCCAUUGUAUACGCAAGUUUAGUUGAUCAGCUUUGUUUGUGCUAUCAAGUUUGCACGUGUUUAAAUGCAGGCAAAUGUUUAGUAGACCAGGCAUACACUUGAUUAAUAAAACGUCUACGACAUGUGGGAUUCUUUGUUUGGGACCCCACAGUCUGCGGAAUGAUACAGAGCAAACGGUUGACUUUGACAGUUUGUCAGGCGCACUAUUUUGCCGCACAAUAACUAAAACAAUGAAUGAAGCAAUUUGGCUCGACAUGUUCAUAGAAAACCAAACCAUACAAAAAUUGGGGCUGAUGAAAACCGAGGUACCAAUGUACUCUUUAGCUCAGUAAAGAGGGUCAUUGCAAAUAUGAUGAUGUACUGGCUGCUCAGUUUAAUAUUACUUAGUGUAGAAUAGUAAGUCAGUUGAUAUUUACAACAAUUGUGCAUUUUUCCCAUCAGCAGACAAACUCUGCUGGUUGGCAGUGUACCUCACACAUCUCACCUAUUCCUGAAUGCAGUUGGCUUUGUCAGCCUGGCAAUGAAGAAUGUGCUGACAUCAUACAUAAUAUAUCCGUCCUGGCUCCUCAGUACAAUAUGGCUAAGUGUGUACAUUAUGUUAGUAAAAAUGUAUAUAUCCUUCCUUUCCCUCCACCUUCACUACUGUGUUCUACGCAAUGUUUCAGUACAUAUUUUAUUGUUUAUCCGUCAUACUUUUACAGCUUAUUUCUUUCUUUAAAAAAACCCAAAAACAACUGUUUUGAAAUAUGAAGCAUCAGACUAGGGUCCUAUAACAAAAAGUGUUGGAGGAUGUGUUGUGUCUUGCAAGAAAUGUUGACUCCACAAGUGUGUCUAAAUGUAUCAAGUCUUAAAAUUUAAACUAAAACAAUCCUUUGAGGACUCAGAGUUCUAAGAUCCAGCUUAAUGUUCAUGACUUAGAAUAAAAUCAAAAUGAUUACAUCGGUUAAUUAAUUUAAAAGUUAGGAUAUUGUAUUUUAGCAGUUACAAAAUAUAGGCACCCGCGCCCCCCGCCACCCAAAAGGAAUACGCGGUAGAAAUGGAUGGAUGGAUGAAUUAUACUCACAUGUAAUGCUCCUAUUCAUCUUCAUUAGACUAACACAUUUGUAAAAAAAAGAAAAAAACAAAAGCAGCACUCAGCCAUCUAGAAAUGUUUUUGUUUGAAUAUUUUACGGAAGUAAACCAAAAAGGCCAACUGUACACCUGGCUCAAUCAAAUGAACGCUGCAGGGUCCAAAACAAAUGCAAAAUAAUAAUUUUACAAAUAGCAAAAACACUAAGCCCCCAAUUGUUUCUGCUUUGCUAUAUUGGCUAUCCAUCUGUUCUGGCGCCCCCAUGUGGCUUGGCUGACUUCUGUGAAGUUGCAGCAUUUCUCGAAUGCAGGUGUUUUUGUGGCUCGUAUGUGUACUGUUUUUUGUAGCCGUUUUAUUUUGCAGCUUUUUAUCAGUCAGUCCGUCACACAAGAAACAACAACAACGACAACAUGCUGCUUUUCUAUAACAGUGUACUUUAAAAUCCACUGUUUUUUCUUAGUGUUCUGCUGCCAUCUCAUUUCUCAGUAGUGACUCACCAUGUUUCCAUGCACUAAAUUACGCUGAUUUCUCAAAUAGUUACUAUUUUUGUGUGGAGUCCACACUUGGACUCUAAUGCGACUAUUGGUCUUAUUUCCUUUUAGCACAGAUAAAUGUAUAAAUUUUCCGGUUGACCUUUGACUUCACACUAAGCGUCUCUGGCUUCUAACAAGUUAACAUCCUAGCUCUGUUGUGAUGUCCGCUGUAAUAUAGGCAAAGAUGACAAAUGUUACGUCUCUAAUGGAGAUGCUAAUGUUGAAUAGCAGACAACAAUAAGAAACCAUCUUGAAUUGCGCUACAAACAUGACGCUACUAACAGGAAUGUAUCGGAGCGGAUGCAGGUCCGAAGUAAAGAAAGACCAUCAACUCUUUCGAAGUAAUUCAUGGAGCGGGAAUCAUGAAAUCAAAACUUUUGAAUGUCUUGGAGUUCAUUUAUAAUCCAGUAAAGGCUCUGUAAAUUGAUGGAAGAAGUUUUCAGUCCGAAGGAAAAGACAGUUUGUGCCUCGACUGAUACUGUUCUGGAUAAACCUGGUUGCUUUUUCUUUUGGAUUAUCUUACCAGUUGUGUGGACUACAGAGUUAUUGUUGAUCAGAUGGCUUGCACAACUGCAGCGUGAAGAGGUUUGUGUGCGCUUUAUUAUUCACCUUUAAUAUACCUGCUACAUUCUCUUUCAUCUCAUUCCUAUUUUGUUUGGGAGUCCGAGUUAAGACGGCAUUUUCCAUUUCCUUAGCUAGCGUAAUAUAAAAAUAUCUGUUUUCCUUUUUUUCUACCAUCGAUGCACUUGAACAUGUUCUGUUUUCUUUAUUUGUGAAGCAAACUAACAGUCUCAAUCAUUACAAUUGUUGCUAUGUUUUUAAGAUUAAGAUUAAGAUGAGUUUAUUUCAAAGGGGACAAUGCAAUUUCAUGACUGCACAAAAGCCAGAAUUAGCCAGAAGGCUAGUUUUCAUCUGUAGUCCCCUGGCCAUGAUGUGAAAAAUUAAGUAAAAUUAAAAUUUCAAAGAAAAAGAACAUAAAAAGAAAAAAAGCACACAAUACAUAUACGAUGUAAAACAAUUUAACACAACAUUUAUCAUAGUAUCAAAACAGGCUCAUCUUUUAGUGCUGGCAGCUGUAGGUGUUGAUAAGCCAAAUUUUCAAUUUUUUUGUGAAGGCCUUCUAUGUUGUCACCAUUUUAACCUUCUCAGGUUUGGCAUUCCACACAAUUGCACUCCUUACUGACCAGGCCGACUUACUGAAAGUGCUUCUGCGUGGAGGAAUACAACAGUCACCUCUGACAGAGCAUUGAGUGACACGCUCACGGUUGUUUUUAUUGAAUAGUAUUUGCUUCUGGGUUGUAUCCCGUGUGUUUAGAGUGGUUCAUGCGCGACACGAAAGGUCCUCUCGGGCACAAACACUGCCUCGAGAGAUCUGGUUUCCAAUCACAUAAUCCAGGUAAAUUAGUCCAACUUUUCGCAAACUGAACAAGAUUGGAUUAAGGUGUUUCAAUCUGAAUUUUUAUUUAGAACCAAACUAUUUGAGAAAUGACUAAUUUAGUGCAUGGACACGUACUGAUUGCGUUGUUCCAUUGUGUGUCGUACAAGAGAAGCACAAUUAAUAGGAACCAAAUAAACCUGGACCACCAAGCAAACGAUGGCCCUGUUUGAAAAUUGAGGAUUGAUCCCAUGAUGUCUGCUUGAGUCUAUGCUGUAAAAAACACACACACACACACACACACACACACACACACACACACACACACACACACACACACACACACACACGUCACUUUGACGCAGAGAUAACGUCCACUGGCAUCAGGGUCCUCUGCCACGCAAUAAGUAUUCACUUCAUGACACAAUAACACAUAAAAUGUCCUCCAGGUUUAUUUACAUUGAUUUUGAGAGUUACUGGUGCCUAAUAAAGAUGUUUAUGUGCAUUAGUAAUAAAUAGACAUGCUUUGUUUCAUGGUCAUUGUUGUCCAAAGUUGAUUUGAAGUGUAAAAGUGUGUUAUUGUACAUUUGUUCUCAGCAUUUAGCAGCACAUCAACCACUAUUAAAGGUGUUCAAUCAUACAGAAGACUCGUUAUUCUUCAUGUGUGCAGUGUUGUGCUGACAAAGGUGCUUUUACCUUCCGUCACUUCUUUGCAUUACUCUCAUGGUUGCCAAGUGUUUUGGUUAAUAUGUUUAAUAUGGGAGUGUGUAUUAGAAAGGGCAACAGUGGAGGGUGCAUGUGCAUGUACGAGCCAGUCUGCUCCACA